AUGUUUAGGCUAAAAAAACUGUGUAUGGAUUGUCAGUUGGCUUCCGAUCAAAUUCAACCUUUUAUAGUGAAUGAAGAAACGUAUCCAGCAGUUCAGAAUUUACCAAUGAUCAGUGAAAGAACGAUUGACACUGUUGUGGGAGAAAGAGCUGUCAUUAUUGGAGGCUCAAUUUCUGGAUUAUUGACUGCCAGUUGUCUUGCUCCUUUUUUUAAAGAAGUUGUUAUUGUAGAGAGGACAAAAUAUAAUGAAGGAGAGUCAGUGGUCAAACAUCGUCAUGGCUACCUGCCACAUAUCUUGGUCAAUAGAGGUCAGGUUAUUUUGGAAAAGCUGUUUCCUGGUAUUAUUCAAUAUAUUAGGAAGAAAUCAAUAGAAUUGGACGGAUACAGUACCAAAGAAGGAGAAAUUGAGUUUGUCAUUAAAAAUUAUAUCGACUCUACUAGAGAUUUGAAAAUAAUUUAUGGAACUGGCCAAGAAAAUGGACCAGCUCUUGCACAAGCUUCCACCAAGGAGUCAUCUGUUGAAGAUGUGACAAUAGUAUCGAGAGGAAUGUGGGAAACAUCAAUUAGAGAGUUUAUUCUGAAGGGAAUGAAAAAUUUACGAGUUAUGGAUGGCUAUCAAGUUGUUUCGAAUGGAAAGGGGAUUACCUAUUCUGUGGAUAAGAAUGGAUCGAGUGCUGAUAUCAAGGUGAAUGGUGUGAUUGUUCAGCCGUCUAAUGAUGAAGACAACUCAUCAGUACUCAAUCAAAACAAUAAUUUUGAAACAAUACCAUGUGACUUGCUGGUAAAUUGUGGAAGUUUCCAAACCUCAACAGAGUAUUCGAAAUUGUUAAGAGGAUUAGAAUGUGCAAUGCUUGAUCUUCCACUCCAGAAACAAGUAGAAUCAAUACCCACCAACCAUCACCUCCUCUCCUCAUCUAGGAUUAACAACAAGGUCAGAUAUCAUUGUUUUUACUUUGAACCAAAGCAGGAGGCCUUCGAUUAUUAUAACAAACCACAUGAUUCACUACCAUUUGUUUUGGGAAAGGAUGGAAAGAAGAGAAUUGUUCAAUCUCCAUUGACAGUGGCCAGGUCGUCCUAUGAUCCAUCUCAUAAUGGAUCUGAAACUGAAUUUCUUGCCUUCUACUACCUUCUCAUUUAUCCCUUCACAAAAGGUGCUUUGUGCAUUCCACUCGAGAAGAAUCUAUUCAUGAUUAACCUGAUAACCAUAGCAGAUGAGGAAAAGAAGAAUAAUCAAGAAUUUUGUGAUGGAUUGACAUUGGAAAAUGCUAAGGAACGAAUCAUUAACAUUUAUGCCAAAGGAACUCCAUUCGAGAAGGAUCUUAUCCAUCUUUUAGGCCAAAUGAAAGAUGUACCUCUUUCAAUACCACCAAUUUUCGAAAAGGAAGGAAGUAUUUUUGUACAUUAUGAGAAAUUCAUGAAGCACCACGUCGCACACUCGAACGGCAAUGAUAAUACUAACCAAAUUACAGAAACCAGGCUAUCAGGGUUCAUCUCAUUGGGCGAUUCUGUUGCAUCUCUCAACCCUGUCUAUGCCCAGGGUCUUACAAUGGCCUUAGAAUCAGUUCUAAUUCUCAGGGAACAAUUGAAGGAACGAUACCAUUCUCUCAGGAAAUCAAAAGUAUCGAAUUUUUUCGACAAUGAAUUUUGUCUGAACUUCCAAAAUUCGCUCUAUUUCAUGUAUACCAUUCCUUGGAUCAUGUCUUCAUCAGAUGAUAUUAGAUACACAGACAUUCAACUCAAUAUGGAAAAGAAACAAAACUCGUGGCUAGAUACUUCUUCUCCAUUCUCAACAUGCAUGAUGGUUAUCGUUCUCAAUGAUAUUUUUUAUCUUAUUUCUUACUGUAAUGUUUUGGAUCAACAAUAA